CUUGCGAAUGUUUAGACUUUCCUGGUGCCUCCAACUUCCUCCAUUUUCCUGCUUGAUCCAGCACUGGGCUUGAUGACCAUACAGCUCCAGCUCAGACUGAAAAGAGAGGGGACACCAGGAAACCAGACAGAUGGAAGAACAAGGUCAUAAGUGAGUUUGUGGGUGAAAGUGCUAUUUCAAUUUGUAUCUCCAAAUAUAGAGGCUAACUCUUGCCUCGAGCUUCUGGGUACAUGCUCUAUCACACCAAAGUAUAUUUUAGGCCAUUUCUGCUAAUUCUGACACAAUAUAUACAUGGUCCACUAGCAGCCUAAGAGUGAGCAAAUGGGGACAAUAUUUGUGGGCACACUAGUACAACAUUGAGCGUAUGGGCUCACUGACUCUUGAGUCUCUGCAUGGAUGCCUCCUUCCCACCUACUCACUCCUAAAAAUGAAGCAAGAAGGUAAAAGUCAGCCCUAACAGCCCAUCUUUGGAGAUUUUCUAGAGUCCUUCUUGUCCUCAGGGACCCACCAUCUACACCUGCUGACAGGGUGGGGGCUGCAGAGGUUCUCCUAAUUAAGGUAGCAUGAAGCACGUCAGGCAGUCCCCGGGGAUCGUUUUCAAGAAGUGAAACCUCCUGGUAAGGCAGAAACUUUUCUUGUGUCCCCUUCAUCUCUGGUAAGUGUAUAUUAAACCAAAGUAAUUGGAGCGAAGCUCAAGGUAGCAGAAGCUACUGGUUUCCCGUCACGUGGUAUCUAUCAGCGAUUUCAGCCCCAGGCUAGGCCCAUCACAAUCACUCUUCCUGUGAGCUUGAGAACCAGCAGCAUCAAACUGAACUCGGCAGCCAGCGUCCAGAUCAGCCCUUGAGUCUGGAGGCCUUGGAGACUCAGGAGUUUUGAGACCAAAAUGACGACACCCAGAAAUUCAGUGAAUGGGACGUUCCCAGCAGAGCCUAUGAAAGGCCCUAUUGCUGUGCAACCUGUUCAAAAAGUGACUCUCAGAAGGAUGUCUGCACCAAUAGGCCCCACACAGAGCUUCUUCAUGAGGGAAUCUAAGGCGUUUGGGGCUGUCCAGAUCAUGAAUGGGCUCUUCCACAUUGCCCUGGGGGGUCUCCUGAUGAUCCCCACUGGGGAAUAUGCACCCAUCUGUGUGACUGUGUGGUACCCUCUCUGGGGAGGCAUCAUGUACAUUAUUUCUGGAUCACUCCUGGCAGCAGCAGAGAAAAACUCCAGGAAGAGUUUGGCCAAAGGGAAAAUGAUAAUGAACUCAUUGAGCCUCUUUGCUGCCAUUUCUGGAAUGAUUCUUUCAAUCAUGGACAUACUUAAUAUUAAAAUCUCCCAUUUUUUAAAAAUGGAGAGUCAGAAUCUUAUUAAAGCUUCCGGGCCAUAUAUUAACAUAUACAACUGUGAACCAGCUGGGUCCUCUGAGAAAAGUUCUCCAUCUACGCAAUACUGUUACACCAUACAGUCUGUGUUUUUGGGCACUUUGUCAGUGAUGCUGAUCUUUGCCUUCCUCCAGGAACUUGUGGUGGCUGGCAUCGUCGAGAAUGAAUGGAAACACAUGUGCUCCAGGCCCAAAACUAACGUGGUUCUCCUGUCAGCUGAAGAAAAAAAAGAACAGGCCAUUGAAAUACAAGAAGAAGUAGUUGAGCUAACUGAAAUAUCUUCCCAACCAAAGAAUGAAGAAGACGUUGAAAUCAUUCCAAUCCAAGAAGAAGAAGAAGAAGAAGGAGAAACAGAAAUAAACUUUCCAGAACCUCCCCAAGAUCAGGAAUCCUCACCAAUAGAAAAUGACAGCACUCCUUAAACUAUUUCUUCUGUUUCCUUUUUAAGCAUUAGUGUUCAUAGCUUCUAAGAGACACGUUUACCUUCCUUUCUUGAAGUAGUGUGCGCUUAUCCUCCACAUUUCUAUCUGGUUUCAGUACAAGUGGCCACAAAUCCUUUUCUCUCGCAUUCAGAGAAAGUAGCCAUUCUAGCAGAUUGUGUUGUCAUGUUUCUUAUUUGGGGCAACUUGGUUACAUUUAAAAAAAGGUAUAAUUGCUGCAGAAUGUGCUUUCCCACUAACCUUUUUCUUGGGUAAGCUUUUUAGUAGUAGUAGUAUUUUUUUUUUUUUCCAUUUCUUCCAUCAGCAAAAGGGAGACUGCGUACCUGAUGUAUGGCUGCUCCAUGCCAUCCCUAAAUUAUCUUUAAUUCCUUCCACAUCUACAUUUUUGGUGGAGUCCCUUUUGCACUACUCUUUUAAGGAUGAUAAAUCAUCAUCAUAAUGGGAUAGCUUCCUUAUUGCUCCUCAUCUGUCUUUCUAUGGAGCUGACAAUGUGGUACAUUUUUAGAUCCACCACACCCCAUUAGAGGAAAUUCUAAAUGGUGAAUACGCACUGUUUUGGUUUUGGUUUUUGUACAAAUAGCAUAGCUUAUACAUGAACAUGUGUCUCGAUCUUAACUUUUCCUAACUCCUGCUCUAGGCUUUUGGUUGCAUUGUCUACCUACUUUUAGCCUUUAGGCAAGAGAAGAAAGAAUGGUAGAAAAUGCCACAAUGAGUACCCAAAUCUCGAAUAAUAAUCAACACUUGUGUUUAUAGAAUGAUUUCCAAAUGACAAAAUAUUUCAACCAAAUAAUUUCAUUUGAUCUUCCAGGAUCAAGAAAGAAUCCCUAUCCUUAUUUACAAGUGAUUCAAGAGGUAAAGUAACUUGUAAACAAGAAGAUAACUUGUCAACAGUCACAGCUAGUGAUUGUGAGAGCCUUGUUUCAUUCCUAAGUCUUUUACUAAAAUUCUGUGAUGAUGAAACAACCAAAUUGUCUACCCAAUGUGUGCACAAACUACAAGACACAAGUCAACAAGUUUUAUCAAGAACCUACCCUCUAGAACUAAACCAGGUAGUGAGAACUAAACAGGUAGUGAGAAAAACAACAGAGUCAGGAUCAUAUUUUACUCCUUGGAGAUAAAAAGACUUAGAUGUUCACAUUUGGAAAACUAUUUACAUCAUUAUUAUCUAAUUAGCUAGUAGACUGUAUAAUGUAGACAUUAAGUACUAUAGGCAUUCUCAGAAAGAUCAUGCUUGGAAACCUAAUUAAAAUGCCAAAUCUCAGGUAAUAGCCACACUACUUUCUAAUUCAUAUAUACUAAUAUACCUUACUUAAAAAAAAAAAAAAAGUUGACCUAUGAUGGCAUCACUAUAAUCUAGCAACCACAUUUGGGCUACAUGUUGAGGGCUGCCAGGUUGUUACAGGCAAAUAGACAAUGUAAUUUUCACUCCCUAUGGUAUUUCUACUUUUUUCAGGACAACCAAUGGAAGAUAUUCCCUGUAAUUAGAAAAAAAGGAGAUAGAACCUUUCUCUGUCCAUGUAAAGUCCUCAAAAUUAGUUCUAAUUGAAUAAAACUACAUUUGUGUCCUUGUCUGCAAUAGAUGAUUCCAAUGUGGGUGUUUCCCCAUCUUCUUUAUUCUUAGAACAUCAGACCAUGGGAAGCUUCUGUGGACUUAAGUUCAUUUCACAUAACCCCAACCUGGGUUUGAACUGUGAGAUGUAGGUCAUCAAAUACUCAAGUCAGUAUAUUCUUACACAUACACAUUCCCAAGGAAAAUGUUUAUGGAAUAGGUCACUGAUAACACAUUCCUCACUUUCAGCACUCCAGACCAUGACUGAAAUAUAUGGCUGGUGCUUCUGCAUGGUACUAGAGAGGAGGGAAAAUGGCAUGACAAUGGCAGGUUCAUGGAAAAAAAUGAGAAA